AUGGGUAAAAAACCGCAACUAUGGGACAAACGCAGCUGCGGCACCAACGCAGCUGCGGCACCAACGCAGCUGCGGCGCCAACGCAGCUGCGGCGCCAACGCAGCUGCGGCGCCAACGCAGCUGCGGCGCCAACGCAGCUGCGGCGCCAACGCAGCUGCGGCGCCAACGCAGCUGCGGCGCCAACGCAGCUGCGGCGCCAACGCAGCUGCGGCACCAACGCAGCUGCGGCACCAACGCAGCUGCGGCACCAACGCAGCUGCGGCACCAACGCAGCUGCGGCACCAACGCAGCUGCGGCACCAACGCAGCUGCGGCACCAACGCAGCUGCGGCACCAACGCAGCUGCGGCACCAACGCAGCUGCGGCACCAACGCAGCUGCGGCACCAACGCAGCUGCGGCACCAACGCAGCUGCGGCACCAAGGCAGCUGCGGCACCAAGGCAGCUGCGGCACCAAGGCAGCUGCGGCACCAACGCAGCUGCGGCACCAACGCAGCUGCGGCACCAACGCAGCUGCGGCACCAACGCAGCUGCGGCACCAACGCAGAUGCGGCACCAACGCAGAUGCGGCACCAACGCAGAUGCGGCACCAACGCAGAUGCGGCACCAACGCAGAUGCGGCACCAACGCAGAUGCGGCACCAACGCAGAUGCGGCACCAACGCAGCUGCGGCACCAACGCAGCUGCGGCACCAACGCAGCUGCGGCACCAACGCAGAUGCGGCACCAACGCAGAUGCGGCGUGGGAAAGAGCGCAGGCGUGGGAAAGAGCGCAGGCGUGGGAAAGAGCGCAGGCGUGGGAAAGAGCGCAGGCGUGGGAAAGAGCGCAGGCGUGGGAAAGAGCGCAGGCGUGGGAAAGAGCGCAGGCGUGGGAAAGAGCGCAGGGGUGGGAAAGAGCGCAGGGGUGGGAAAGAGCGCAGGGGUGGGAAAAAGAGCGCAGGGGUGGGAAAAAAAGGGCAGAGGCGUGGGAAAGAGCGCAGGCGUGGGAAAGAGCGCAGGCGUGGGAAAGAGCGCAGGCGUGGGAAAGAGCGCAGGCGUGGGAAAGAGCGCAGGCGUGGGCGUGGGAAAGAGCGCAGGCGUGGGAAAGAGCGCAGGCGUGGGAAAGAGCGCAGGCGUGGGAAAGAGCGCAGGCGUGGGAAAGAGCGCAGGCGUGGGCGUGGGAAAGAGCGCAGGCGUGGGAAAGAGCGCAGGCGUGGGAAAGAGCGCAGGCGUGGGAAAGAGCGCAGGCGUGGGAAAGAGCGCAGGCGUGGGUAA